AAGGCAGCAGUGCGCCUGCGCGGUAGCCUCAAGCGUCCAAGAUGGCGUUGGUGCAGCAGCUGUACCGGUUCGUCUUCCGUCGCACGUCCACGCUGGUUUUCACGGUCGUGGUGGGCGCCGUGAUUUUCGAGCGGGGCUUCGACCAGGCCACGGAGGCGAUUUUCUGCCGCCUCAACGAAGGGAGACUCUGGAAAGACAUCAAGCACAAAUACGAGAUCAAGCAGGACUGAGGCACGGCCAGCAAAACCCUGGAUUCCGGUUGGAUCCUCCGCCAUCUUCACCCAACAGCCCUUUGGUUUGCCGCCAGCUGUUCGUCCAGCAGAUGUUCAUCCUUGCACGAUGGCCCAGUGUGCGCGACUCCCCAAGCGAUGAAGAGAUUCAAAUGACUUUUUUCUUUUGGCUGAAAAACAGCUUAAUAAAAUGCACUCUCUGAGACAAGUAUA